GAUGAGCCGCAACAGUGCAAAAGAGGAGACCCCUCUCUAAUUUCAUCUCCCUGGUGACCCCCCCCCUCCCCCGCGUCAUCUUCUCCAAAGGACCCUCCCCAUCGAUCUUCUUCAACAACCAAACCAAAAAUCCCUCACCCAAACCCGCUGUUCACCCCUGAAACCAACGACUCCCCACCCCCCGACCUUCAUCUUCUCCAGACCUAGACUAAGACCUCACAAGCUUCAGCCAUUUUUGAAUCUUCAGCAACCCAAACUCGCCGGAAAUCAACCUCUCACCAGCCGCUAACCUUGCCUGAACUGAAACAAAAACGGAAAAGUUGAACCGGAGGAAACAGUAGCGAAACCAAGAGAGGAACAUAGGAGAAAACAGUAGCGAAAUUGAACCCACUAAUUUUCAGUUUUUUAUUCCCUUAAUUUGGAGUUUAAUUCCUUCGGAUUUUCAGCUUGGAUUUAUUCUCUAUUAGUGUUGGUCAGUGGAGUGUUCGGAAGCGCGGUUAUCGUCGAGUUUGUUAUCGAGGUUCUCCGGUCAAAAUCGCGCCUGAUCUGAGUCGAUUUGGUCGUCGAUUUGUCGAGGUUGUCCGCUCGAGGUCGUAGUCGGUGAGUCAAGGUUAACUAAGGCCAUAAAGAGAAGUCCACUUUAACAAUAUGGACCUUAAACCGUUCAAAUUAGACAUUGAUUAGCUUAUAAAUUAGUUUGCCAAGGGUGGAUCUCCUAGUUUUGCAGAAAUGAAGAGAGUGUGGGUCUCUAAAAAGUUCUCCUAUAUUUUUGAGGCGAGUCCCUCUAAAGAUCAGGCAUGCUUUAUGCAAUCACUCUAUGCCUACUGCAGUGGCCAUAAAGACAAGUCAACUUUAACAUGGACCUCAAACCAUUCAAAUUAGACAUUGAUGAGCUUAUAAAUGAGUUUGCCAAGGGUGGAUCUCCUAAUUUUGCAGAAAUGAAGAGAGUGUGGGUUUCUAAAAAGUUCUCCUAUAUUUUCAAGGCCAGUCCCUCUGAAAAUCGGGCAUGCUUUAUGCAAUCACUUUUUGCCUACUGUAGUGGUUACAUGGUGUCUACUCAUUCUCUUUUGAGUAGACUGGGUGGGUUAUAUUGUCUGUAUUGCCUUUAUGAGACACAACCAUUCAAGCCUCCUUUCAAGAUUUAUAUUUCUCUAGGAGACCUGAAGAAUCUUCGGAACAUUGUCGCAGAGGCAAAGGCUAAAGGUGUUAAAGUAGCCCCUGCUUUAGUCAAACGUACGUUAGACAGGAACAUGUUUCUUUUUGGGUCUGUGGAUGUGAAUGAAGGCUCUGUAGCUGAGAGAUUAGAUGAACUGAUGGAAAUACAAAAUGCAAGUAUCCGUAUAGCAUCCAAAAAGUUAUUUGCAAAUACCCGGAUCGAGCACUUCACCCACAUGGAUAUGGGCGUGGAGCUUGAGGUCGAUUUGCUCAAGCAAAAGUCAGCAGAAUAUGCUAGGGCCAAGGAACUUGCUAUUAGAGCGGCUAGAGACAUGGUGGAUGUAGAAAAUAUAAAGCACAUAACAGAGAAGCAGACAUUGAUAGGGGAUGUAGUUGAGAAGACUGCUGAGGACUGGAAAGCUCAGAAGGAAUUAUUCUAUCAACAAAUUGGUUAUCAGCCUGUCAAAGACUCGCUUGACAUUGUAAAGGAAAAGCAGGAAAAGUUCUCCCAGCAAGAAGUGGCUGAAGAGCAGGAUGGCAAUGAAGACUUCGGUAAGGAACUAGAAGCAGUGCUAUUGUCGGAGCAAAACGAAUGUGAUUUUGAAGAAUAAGGAGAGAACUUGUAUAAAAAGCUUGUGUUUAGAAACUGGACAAUGUUUUUAGAAGGUUUGUCACCAAGUUAUAAGUAUGCUUGUAAAUGAUUUUCGCAGCUACAUGAAAGAGCUUGCAGCUUCUAGUAGGCUGUCCUGUAUAUUGAACAUUUUCCAGAAAUGGGACAGGCACAUGAAAUUUUUUGUUCA